UCUUCACUAGAUGCAAGUUAGAUCAUAAGGGCCUAACUAACAAUGGGGAGUUUUGUGGCUGAGGUGUUUCUGCUCCUGCUGAUUUCUGCAGGACACGUUCAUGGAGUGUCGUUCUAUGGUGAUGGCUACAUUCACCUGCGGACAGUGGAGACAUCCAUUCAGACCUUACUCCAUGUACGAUUUAGAACCUCCAGUCAGGCGGGGAUGCUGUUUUUGGCAGCUGGACCCAGAGACUACUUGCUGCUGGAGCUGGUCUCUGGGCGCCUGCAGGUACGUCUGGACCUGGGCUCAGGUGAGCGUUCACUACGCUCAGAAAAGGGCAUCCAUCUUAGUGACCUGGCGUGGCACUCCAUGGAGCUGACCCACAACCACCAUACUGUCAACAUGACCGUGGACCGGAACUCUCAUACCAGCCUCCAUAUGCCAGGACCGGAUCUGGAGCUCAGUGUCGAGGACGGGCUUUUUGUCGGCGGGACAGCCGGACUGAACCAUCCAUACCUUCUCAACAUCUCUACUGGAUUUAGAGGUUGCGUAGAUGAAGUUGUGUUCAAUGAACAUAACCUGUUGUCCAGCCUGAGGCCUUAUUCUGGGUACAAGAGCAUCCACGAGGUAUCUCUGGGCUGCAAUCCUCAGUUUUCUGCAACAGAAGAAGAUCCUGUCAGUUUUUUCAGCUCUAAAGCCUUUAUCGCUCUCCCGCCAUGGGAAGGGCCACAGGAGGGGGUGUUUGAAUGUGAACUGUACCCCUCUGCAAGAGAAGAAGAUGGCAUGGUCCUGUAUAGCUCUGGCAACGACGGAGGGUUUGUUGCUGUAGAGAUAAGAGAGGGUAACAUUUUGGCAACGAUAGGAAAUGGAGAAGGUACUAAGACUGAGCUGCGUUCUCUAACACAUGUUCACAGCAACCACACGUGGUACCCCAUCCAGCUGCACCUGCUGCCCAACAGCGUCCAGCUGAAGGUGGGGGAGGAGUUGAUCAAGGCCAUGCUGAGUCUGGAGCUCCAGGUCAUCCAGCUCACAGGGCCUCUCUUCCUGGGAGGGCUGGACGAGGAAGCCCGGGGCGAGGCAAGGCGAGCUGGGCUGAUAUCGUCUGUGCCAGGGGGGCAGCCGGCUGGGCGAGGAGGCUCCUUUAAAGGUUGCCUCCGGGAAAUUAAAGUGAACACUCAAAGAACAGGACUACCUCAUGCUGCCGUCACCAAGGACAUCACUGUGGGCUGUAGGACAGGGCAAGAUCCAGAUGAAAUCACCACCACCAACCCAACAGAACGUCCUGAGUCAGAUGUUACGACCACACGACCAUUUACCAACAAUAAGAAGUACCCUAACUUUCUGUUGCUGAGAAAGCUAGACGUUGUGGAGGGAGGUCGGGCACCACUGGAGCCUAAACACUUGAGGGUGAAUCUGGAUUUUCGGAAAUUGGGCAUUCGUCCGUCCCAGAUGAUGUUUCGCAUUGAGGGGCAGCCUGUCCACGGCCAGCUUCGGCUAGACCUCACAGAGGACGUCGACCGAACUUUUAGUAUGCUGGACCUGUGGCUGGGCCGGGUGAUAUACGUUCAUAGUGGGUCAGAAGACGAGCAUGACUUCUUCAUGUUUUCAGUCUUCUGCAGCAGCAAAAAGGAGCUUCCUGCAUUUCUUAGGGGCAACCGCCUGCACCGAUUUGAUAUCAGCAUCAGUCCUGUUAAUGAUGCGCCUGUGCUCAGCCUGCCGGAGGGAAACCUUUUCACCAUGCUGGAGAAUUCAAAACGACAGCUGACAACAGAUGUGCUGAGGGUGUCGGACCCUGACAGCAGUCCUGCAGAGCUGGUGUUCAGCUCCUUGGGAAACCUCAACACUGAGGCUGGAUACCUUGAGCACCAGGAUUACCCUGGCAGGGCCAUUAACUUGUUCUCCCUGAAUGAUCUGGAGGAGGGUAAGAUCAGCUUUGUCCACUCUGGGGUCUCCACCUCCCGGCUUGCACUCAGGGUCAGCGAUGGGCUGAAGUUGAGCAACACUGUAGUUUUGAGGAUUAUGGCAGUGCCACUCGAGCACAAACUGGUGAAUAACACUGGACUGGAGGUGAACCAAGGCGGGGCUUCCAUCAUCACAAACGUUCACCUUGCAGUACAAGUUAAUGUGGAUGAUCAGGCGGUGGAAAUCCACUAUGAUGUUACAGAGUUGCCACGAUAUGGUGAGCUCCAGCGGUUGCACUCCAGUGGCGACUGGAAACCGACAACUUCCUUCUCACAGAAGCUUCUAGAAAAAGAACGGAUCCGAUACCUCAGCACUUACCAUGGCCUUCAAACUCAGAACAACGUCACUGAUAACUUCAAAUGUAAAAUCAGCAUCAGUUCACAGGCUACUGAGGAGGUUGAUUUCCACAUUGCGGUACGCUGGAUCCACUUCAAGGUCACACGCAGCAAGAUGGAGGUUAAUGGUGUUCAGACUGCUGCUAUCACUCCAGAGGAACUCCAUGUAAUUUCAAAAGGUAUUAAAGUCAACGAGAGCGACCUCUUCUUCAGGCUCCUGACAGUACCAAAGAAAGGGCAGCUGUUCCUCAAUAACAAAGUUCUACAAAAAAACUCAACCUUCAGCCAAAAGAAUAUCACAGGUGGCUUGAUGAAGUACGAGCUUCUCAACAAGCUGAACGACGACACAAAAGACACGUUCAGCUUUCAGGUGUUUUCAGCACAUGCCAGCUCAACAGCUUACGACUUCAGAGUCAACAUCAAAGCUGAGUCGACUGCAAUCAAUGUCGUAAACAAAGGCCUUUCAACGCUGGAAGGAGGAAGUAAAGUCAUAAGCAAAGAUGUUCUGUUCACUCACACAGCAAGUAAUCGGGAGGUCCACUACAGUAUUACAGUGAGCCCCAGGCACGGGCACAUAAGGAGGAUCAACCUCUCCAACUCAACUUCCAUUAACGACAACAUUGUGGCGUUCACAAAUCAGGAUAUCAUUGAGGAGAGGAUCAUGUACGUUCAUGAUGACAGCGAGACCAAACAGGAUUCCUUCACGUUUCAAAUUAUGGUUUACAAACCGCACAAACGCAGUGGCAAGAAGGAGGAUAAAAUCACAGCCGAACACACCUUCAAUAUCUCUGUGCAGCUCGUCAACGAUCAGAGACCUGUCAGGGUUGUCGAUAAAGUUUUCCACGUGGCCCGUGAUGGGCAGAGGUUGGUGACGCUGAAUGACUUGCGUUACCGGGACGAUGACUCAGACUUUGAGGACAGCUGGUUGGUGUACACGCGGAGGGGGAUACCCAUGGGAGAGCUGGUGCUGGCCAGCGAUACCAGUCACAAGCUUUACGAGUUCACACAACGGGACCUCGAGCAGAAAAAAGUGUUGUUUGUCCACAGAGGAGUGAGUUAUGGGCGUUUUGUGCUUUUCGUAUCAGAUGGGAAACAUUAUGUUUCGACCCUGCUGGAGGUGAUGGCCCAGGAUCCUUACCUUCGAGUCGAGAAUAACACCGGCCUCAUGGCCCAGCGAGGAGGGGUCACAACCUUGACCUCGGCUAACCUCAGCAUCUUCAGCAACCUCGACAUCCGAGACCCACAGGAAGUGAUAUUCGAGGUCUUCCUUCCACCCAAACACGGUGUGCUCUGCUUUAAUGAUGGAGAUCGCGAGACUGUAACAGAAGCAGAUGCGAUUACAAUAUUCACCCAGCAAGAUUUGUUGGCGGGGCGCCUGGUGUAUCACCACGACGGCAGCAACGAGUUGUCAGAUGGGUUCAAUGUGACUGCAAGAGCGAGGGAGAAGACAACAGAGAGGCGCCUGGACAGAGGGAGGAGGGAGGUACAUCUGGACAUCGGAGUGGCGGUAAAAAUCUACCUGGAGAGUCACCAGAGGCCACCAACGGUCAUAAGUAACCGUCCGGUGGUGGUAGAGGAGGGACAGAGUGUCUCCAUAACCAAGGAGCACUUAGAGGUGGUUCAUGAGGACAGCCAGCCCUCAGAGAUAGUUUUUACUGUCCAAAGUCCUCCUGCCCUGGGCGUCCUUCAGCUGCUUCCCCCAGACGACAAGCACCAGGACAAAAAUGGAGAACAGCAGCACGUCUAUCAAGUACAGCCAGCUAGCACCAGAGAGCAGCCAACAAUUUCCUUCACCCAGGAGGACCUCAACCAGGGACUGAUCAUCUACCAUCAGCAGGCUGCAGGACUCACCAACGACUCUGUUCUGUUGGAGGCAACCAACGGGGUCACAAAGGUCGGACCAAUCAGGCUGGAGUUUGACAUCAUCCCUAUCCUGCUCCCUUUACAGGUGUCUGACUUGACCCUUGAUGAGGGGUCGUCCCUGCCGUUGACCUCUGACAUCAUCAAGGUGGCCAAUCAUCACUUCUCAGGGAUGAACUUCCUGUACCAGGUCAUCGUUCCACCGCGAUACGGACACUUGGAGCACAGCCGGAUCCCAGGGAUGCCCAUCACUGCUUUCACUCACACUGAGGUGGAACGCGAGUACAUCUCCUAUAUCCAUGACGGCAGCGACACACUGAGAGACAACUUUACCAUUGUGGCCAAUCAGACAGAGAUCAGGAAGCACAGUCUGCCCUGCACGGCUCACAUCAACGUCACACCUGUGGAUGAUGAGACUCCUGUUGUUACAACCAACAAGGGUCUGAAGGUUUGGGUGGGUUCAGUGACAGAAAUCACCACAGAUGAUCUCAGUGCAGAGGACCCGGACACUCCUGAUCCUGAGGAGCUGGAGUUCAUCGUCACACCGCCCAGCAACGGCCACCUCGCCCUGAAGAGCGCCCCCUCCAGGCACAUCCUGAACUUCACCCAGAAUCACAUACAAACAGGACAACUGAUGUUUGUGCACAGUGGUGCUUUAUCGGGUGGCUUUCACUUCCAGGUGAACGAUGGCGUGAACUUCGCCCCUCGUCAGAUCUUUAGCACAACUGCCCACUCUCUGGUCCUCACCCUGCAGAGAAAUCAUCCCCUGGAGGUCUACCCAGGCUCUGUGACACCCAUCUCUGAACUGGAGCUUCAGGCUGUAACCAACGAUGUCAGUGACAUCAGGAGAAACCACUCUGUGGUGUUUGCAGUGACUGCUCUUCCUAAACUUGGUAGCCUGGUCCAACGUAUGCCCGACAACUCCACACGAAACAUUUCCACGUUCACACAGAGCAUGGUAAACGAUGGAGUGAUCUUCUACAGUCAGAACAAGCCACAGUCAGUGGGAUGGUCGGCUGCAGACUCUUUCUCUUUCACCGUGUCCUCUCCUCCCGCUUUCCUUCCUCCACACACUUUCAGCAUCUUAAUCUCCCACCAGGCCAACGAACACCACGACAGCCCUCAACACAGGACCAGACUUCUGAACAACGCAGGUGCCGUGGUGGCCGAGGGAGGCAGGGUGACAAUCGACAGGUCGAAACUCGACGCCUCCAAUCUCCUCGGGAAGGUUCCAGAGCCCCAACGAAAAGACCACCACAUCCUGUACCGCGUGAUUUCCCUGCCGCGCCAUGGGACUCUGUCUAUACAAGGACAUAACCUCACCAGGAACCAACCUGACUUCUCCCAGGCCACCCUAAACAAGUUCGGCAUCACAUACAUCCACGAUGACUCUGAGACUACGAGCGACAGCUUCACUUUCCGGGCCUGGGUGGCACCUUUGGAACUCUCAGCCUCAAAAUCCUCCCUGCCGUCACUAGAUGCGGUUUCUCAUCGCCAUGCCAAGGACAGGCUGGAAGUGACGGAGACGUUCAACAUCACAAUCACGCCGGUCAACGACCAGCCGCCGCUCCUCAGGAGCAGAGCCCCGAGUAUGAAGGUCGUAAUCGGAGAGAGAGUCAUACUUGGACCAGACAGUCUGCAGGUUGAGGAUCACGACACCCCUCCAGAGGAGCUGCACUACCUUGUGAUCAGCAAGCCCAACAACGGCUACCUGACACUGGGGGAAAGACCAGAGCCGGUGACCUCCUUCACCCAGUACGACAUCAACCACGGGCGGCUGCACUUUACACAGCAGGGAGAGUCCUCAACAGGUGUUUUCUACUUCAACGUAACCGACGGUCAUCAUCGUCCACUCUACAAACUGUUUAGUGUCGAGGUUAUAAAGCCCUCAGUCACCAUGGUGAACAACACCGGCCUAUCGUUGGUUCAAGGCCGGACCGCUGUGAUCCUGACAACCAACCAUUUUGCAGCUCAAACCAACAGCCGCACGCCGGCCAAUAUCACCUACACUGUCGUCACUCACCCUCACCACGGACGCAUUGCUAUUAACGACCAGGAAGUCUCAACCUUCCGCCACGAGGACCUGCAGUUUGGCCGUGUUGUCUAUCACAUGACUGACCUCAGUGAAUCCGAGGACAGCUUCCAAGUGUCAGUGUCAGCCUCUUCACCCAGUGUUGACUAUGGGAGUGUAACAGCACAGACGGUGAGGGUGACUGUGCGGCCUCUGCUCUCUUUGAGGGAGCCGGUGAGAGUGCCCAGUGGUAUUGCUGUGAAACUGGGGAAGUCCAUGAUCGAUGCCUCUGAGCUGGCGAGAAUCAGCCGAGCCGACCCAGUUUUUCAUGUUCUGUCGCCACCAAAACAUGGAAAACUAGUCAAGAUGACGUACGACCCUAACCGAGCAUCAGAGGUGCUGAAGUCAUUCACGUUCAGAGAUGUGGUGCAAGGCCGGGUCGCCAUCGAGGAGACUCUCAGCGACGAUGACAACCAGCUGCUUAAAAACAAAUCAGCACUCACAACAGCUCGAGGCCACGCCCCCGCCAGGCCUCUAAAUGAUUCUUUCAUCUUCCUGCUGAAAGCUGGAAACGUGCAACCGGCGAAGGGCGAGCUUCACUUCACCAUCUUUCCUCACCACCAGAUGCGUCAUGGUCCGAGCGGUUCAAAUCCAGACGGUGCAGGUCGUGAACACACGACAGCCCGUCUUCCCACACAUAAUAAGACCACCACUGGAAGAGGCGGUGGGCGAGGGGGUUCCACAACGCUCAGCGGGGUCGGGGAGGGUUUGCCCCCCCACAUUUUGUUACAUAAGACCCACAACAGGACACAGCACAGGCAGAGGCCUCACAGCCGCUGGGGGAACCACACUCGCGGUCAUGGAGGAAGAUCAGGGAGUGGUGCAGAUGGAGCAGGUGGGGGUCACAGUCAUGCCCCAAAACCCCACACUCCUGUGUCAGACAAACACGGUCCAGUGCUCCCUCCUGAAACCCACCCAGUCCACGUUGAGGUCCUCCCUCGCCCCGCCUCUGACCCUCUCCUCAUUAUCCUGCCACUGCUGGCCUGUUUGCUCCUCAUCAUAAUCCUCGUAGUUUUGAUUCUGGUGUUCCGCCGCCGCAAGGAGAAACAGGCCCGGCUGCGACUCCUCCAGCAGCUCGCUGCGGUGGCGUUACCCACUGAGGGCAGCCCGUACAUGGGCCGGGCGGAGCGGAGUGUGGCUAUGCCCUCUGUGGUGGUCACACCACUGGGCCAUGCGAGCUGCCCUACCUCACCCAGGGUACCCAUAAGUCCCAGAAGACGGAGUCUGGCCCCUGGGAUGACCUUCUGGGGACCAGUUGAAGCUGAUGGAGCACGUGGUGUUGGGAAUAGAAGAGGCAGUAACAGUAAUGAAAGAGAUAAUGUGACUGCAGAAUUCAAGACCCAUAUUAGAUCAAGGUCCUCUACUCCGACUCUGAAAGACAACCAGUACUGGGUCUGAUGGAAGUAAUCUAGAAACCUAGAAAAAAAAAACUGUGCCUUAGAGGUGUAUUCGGUGUAAAGUGUAUAAAUAGCAUGUGCUUACUCUCCAGGGGACAGCGGUAGUCAUCUAAGGCCCUGUUUACACCUGGUAUUAACAUGUGACCUGGGUGAUUGCAUCACAAGUGGACUGCUCUAAGUGCAAGCGUGAAUGCAUCCAAUGCGUUCCCAAUGCAUCUUGGGAUCCGAUUGCUCAGACCACUUUCAAAGGUGGUCUAGGUUGCUUGUGGCCACAUUCCUUCAGCAAUUUGUACACUAAUUUGUCCUGAAGGACCACCUACUCAGCUGAUGUCCUUGCUCAGCUGACACCUCAACCCAUAAGAAAUCUUUCUGUUGGUGCAGCUGCACAGACGCUGAGCUGAAAGACCGCCUCUGGAACCACUCUACUCCCAGCGAACGGUCAGUUCAACAUCUGCCUGGUAAGCAUGAACUAACACAGCACCAACAGCUGUCAAACAUACAGACACCGAAAUGGCUUGAGUCUGUUGUCUAUCCAUCCAUUUUCAACCACUUAUCCAAAGUCAGGUCGCGGGGGCAGCAGGAUGAGCAAAGUAUUCCAGACGUUCCUCUCCCCAGCAACACUUUCCAGCUCCUACUGAGGGAUGCCAAACCGUUCCCUGGCCCCAGGGCCUCCUACCAGUGGGACAUGCCCGGAACAUCUCUAAUGGGAGGCGACUCUGUUGUUAAACCCGUUAAUGUCUGUUAGCCGAUGCUAACAGUUAGCCCUGUCACUGUGUGUGUGGCCAGGUGGACUUUCACCAACUGUCCCCAACACGAAGCUCACACUCCUGCGGCAGUAGUCUCCUAUUGGCACUUGUCUCACGCUAAACAAAGAGAGAGCAGGGCAAGGAGGGGAUGCUAAUCAGUAUCAUAUGCACAGCAAUACAAUUAAGAUUUUAAAGGCUUUACGUAUGCGAAUAGAAAGACAAACCUGUCAGCUAAAAACGACAACGGGGAAGUGAGAUCCAAUCACAAGUGGGCACUUAAGAUGCAUUCCAGUGCCAGGUGUGAACAGACAGACUUCAAGCUCUCCAUGUGUGAUCCGAUCACCCAAGAAACAUGUUACUACUAGGUGUGAACAGGCGCUAAGGCACAUCUGACCUGCUAUGAACUUUUAAAAUAUGUGCACACUGGUGGAAGAAAUUGUUCCUUUUUUGUAGGAAAUGUAUAACAGCCAUUUUAUUUAAGUAAUUUCACUGAACCAACUUGAAUUGGACGCAUCUUUGUUAUAGUAACAAUGUACUGAAAAACUGUUAUUUCACCUGUAAAACGUUACCCAGCUACCUAAAAGGUGUGAGGUGCUAUUCAAAGUAAACAGAAUCCAUUAGUACUGCUUAAGAGGCUUUACAUGAGCACAACCACCAUUGGUUGCUUUAUGCAAAGACACAAUUUUUCUAACACUCUGACUGCUUUAACUUUUAUAACUGUGAUGAAUAUAGUAGUAUAAUUUUGGAACUGAGGCUGAACAAAGGAAGUGAAAUACAGACUUAAUGUCGCUGAGUUUUAAAUAAAUUCAGAGGAUAAACAAAUGUAGCUGAAACCUCUCACUCUCAAGAUUGUUAUUUCACAGAGUUCAAGUUUCACUUCUUCAAAACCUUGGCUGUCAGUUGGCAGAUAUACUGCCUGUUUGUACAUGUGACUACAGGUGCUGUAAGCGUCCAAGUCUGUGCAUGCAAACUAUUUUUUUUAAAGCAUUCACUCCUCUUUCACUGGUCUGAGCACUUUUCUUUUCACUUCUCCACGCACUGGUAGUUUCCUCUGUUCUCGAUUAACCUCAAUGUUUUUGUCCUGUUUGCCAUGCACUGUGAAAGAUUUAUUUUUAAUAAAAGAUAUUUCUUAAAGAA